AUGAGCGCAUCUGACGAUCCGAAAAGUUUCGAUUUGAAACAUUCAAAAGAUGUUGUUACGACUAAUAUUCAUGACAUUAAGGUUGAAAAAUCAAAUCUUGAAACAUCUUCAGAAAUAGCUACAACGAACAAUACUAACAAUAAUUCAAACUUGAAUUCUCGAACCAUUGUCACCAUUUCACAAGAAGAAGAAUUGUUGACAUUGAAUCAUGCAUCAGCAUCAACCACAGAAAAUUCUUUGCAGCCACAACAACUUCAUCAAGAUGAUGACAAUAAUUUUAAUUCCAUGAACAGUGGCAACAUCGAGAAUCAUAGAUUAUCCACGGAAUCCAAUACGACUACCUCAUCGACUCAUAGCAAAGCGUCAAAUUCUGGAUCUGACAUUUCAAAGCGACCAAUUGCUCCUUGGCAAGAGGAGCUGCUAAGCAAGUAUAAGAAUGAUGGAAAAUUCAAGUUUGUCACACAGACAGCAGAACAAAAACUAAGCACCAUCACCACCACACAACAACAAGCUUCAUCUCCAGAACAGCAUGCAACAUCGUCCAUGUCCACGUUGGGAUCAUCAUCAUUGACACCAACAACUGAACGAAUCGCCAAGAUUUCUCCAGGAGUUCAUCAUAAGGAAUCUGUUCGUGUCAGUGCCGAUUUCCACAACUUUUUAAACAAAUUCAAGACGAUUGAACAAAAAACAAAGGAAGAGCCGCAAGUAUUGACAAGUCCUAGAGGUCAUCACUUCUCAUCGUCGACGAGUAGAGAUACAAAAUCAGAACACCACUCUGAUCAACAACAACAAUAA